AUGGCCAACGUCGAGUCUCCCAACAUACCCUUCGAGUCCCAACCAGGCAAUGAGAGUGGGCUAGCGAGGGAAAUGCCGCAGCCGGCCCCUGCGGCAGCCGCAGCGAUAGCGGAUAACUGCCGCAGCACCGCCGAUGCGAUGGCCGCGGCCAAAAGUAGCCUCCUCCACCCCAUCGUUGAUGAUAGCGACCCGUUCGCCCUUCUGUACUCGACCCCGGCGAAUCAGCCGUUGUCUCUUGCGAGGCGCGCCUACGGCACGGAGUCACUCUUCCAAUACUACGCCUUGCGUGGGUACAAGGAGGUCUUGAACGAGGCAGCAACCCCGGAAGCGGCAAAGGCGGUGCAGGCGUGCCUGGAGGGCGGCGACGGCGCUGCCGCGGGGGGCGGCGUCGCAGCGACCGUGGCGCAGCACCGCCUCAGUGACAAGAAGAAGAACGCGCCAUCGCUGAAUACCCACAUCAUAGACAGGUGUCUCGUCAGAACUGCCGCUGCCGCCGCCUCUGACUCCUCCGCCGUGGCCCUUGCGACGGACGGCGCUGUCAGCAGUGUCGUGCCCCUGUACGUCCCCCUCCGACCGGCACAGGCGCAGGACGUCGUCUCCAGCUUCCGCACCCAGCGGGCGGAUGAAACGCGCGCGGCAGCGGAGCGGAAGCGCCGCGAGCGGCUGCAACACGUGCCUAAGGCUGCCGUCUACCUCGGUCGCUACUACCCAGAGGGCAGCCAUAUCGUGGCCGACCUGCGGCUGCAACUGGCGGAGGAGAAAUCCGAGCCCGUGGCGAACUCCGGUGCGGCUGCAAAGCCUGGCGCGCACAGUCCCCUUUGCACCCCCGUAGCACUGCUGGCGCCCACCGCCCCCAACCGCGGCAGUCGCGCCCUCUCCAACCCCGGCCUUGGCCGCCACUCCGCCGUCAAGACGACCGAAAGCCUCGCCGCACCGUCGAUUGCGCCGCUGCUGCUCCGCGCGCCGCAGGAGGUGGCCGCCACAACGCAGAUGCAGCAAAAAAGCCGUCAUGCGCUGGCGGACCAGAUUGAGAACGCCUUCGUGGAGGCCUACCACCUCCGCGAUCCGGCGGCGGCGCAGCGGCAGCACGACCGCGAGGCGAUGGAGGCGCAGCGUCGCUCCAUGCAGGCGGCAGCGGCGCUCCUGGCCAAAACGGGAGCCGCGGCCGCAGCGAAGAGAUGCGUGACCGCGGGAGCUUCGAAGAAGGCCGGCGGCAAAAAGAAAAAGUCGAAGGUGGCACCGGCGGCGCCACCAAAGCGGGAGGGCGGCAUGCCCGCCAACUUGGAGGUGUUCCGCACCUCGCUGCUGCUUUUAUGCAACGAAGACGGAGCCGUAACGCUGGACCAGCUACGUGCGCUGCUGGCAAGUGUCCCUUUCCACGUCGGCACGCUCACUGCGACCCCUGCGGCUUCCUCGGUCGGCGUCGCUGAACGUAUUUUUCACAUCCUCCACAAAGGCACGCGUGCUCCCAGCGCGGUAGACGCCACCGAUUUACUGCUCGCUGUCGCGUCUGUCACUACUGCCAUCCGUGGCGGCUCGCUGUCGCGGCAGGGGAACGUCUCGGGCGACAACUUCAUCUGCACCGCCUCCCACGGUCCAGGGAACAGCUUCUCUAGGACCAGCAACGCCCCUGCCGGUGCACGACGUGGCCCGGGCGCUAAUGCGCUGCAGGUAAGCAACGCAAGCGUGAUGUCGCACACCACGGCCGCGGCUGAAAUGGGCGGCAGCAUGUCCAGUGAAGCUCACACACCGAAAACUCCGUCGCUGACGACUGGGGCUGCGUCCUCGUGGAAUGAAGCGGGGGGUGCCGGUGGCGUUGGGAAGCAGCCACUACCCCACAGUAUCCCGGCUGACAUGCAUGAUGGGUGCAAGUGCGUCCUCGUUGUCGAGGUGCUGGACGCACUGAAUGCGCUGCUGAACAGCGUCGAGACGAAGCGUGUUGUGCGGUGGGAGUGCUUCAACGUGCUGGCGGUGGAAGGGAACGGCUAUAUCCACAAGUCGCAGCUGGCGAAGCUGCGCCGGUGUGCUUACCGCGAUGGCUCGGCGGCAGAAGAGCAGGCGGCCGUCACGGCGGCCAUGGUGAAGGCCCUCAGCGACGUCUUCGCGGUUGUUGCAACGGAGGAAGAGGCCGCCUACCUCAAAGCGAACCGAAAGCGAAAAAAGAAGGGCGGCGCUGUAGCCCUGGCAGCACACCAGAGCUCGCCGAUACCGUUAAGCGUCAUGCGCACGUCGCACAUGGACUACGCAGUCUUCUGUCGGUUCUUCGACGAGAUGCCGCUCAUGGCGGCCGCCUUCGCGCACGUGUGGAUGCCCCUUCUCCUGAACGGGCGCCGGCACACGGCAGCGGCGGGCGGCGCGACGGUAAGGCUUUCGGAUGCCUCCAAGUUCUCCAUAGCCUCACCCCUACCAGGCUCCGCGGCAGGAGCGACGUCGCUGCUGCCCCCCUCCCCUGUGUCAUCGGCAGACCCUGCCGGUGAAAGGGACGGAGAGGAGACGAUUGGAGAUCGCUUCUCACCGUCGUCGCAGCUGCAGCGGAGACCAGCACCGGCAGCAGAAGACGAUCCCAAUGCGUCUCCUCUUGAGCUCCUGGGGAGCACGGCGGAUGCUCGGCAGGCGGCGGUGCGGCAGUUGAUAAUGGACCGGCAGGAGCAGCUGCAUCAGGCCUGCGACGCCGCGGAGAAGCUAUCUGUGAUACAGAGCGACGAACCUGGCAGUGGCGGCACCUUUGCAGAUUCGUAG